AUGGCUGCUCUCUGGUGCUCUCAAUGCAAACAGGUCCUGGCCCUUGCCAAGGAUCUUAGAUGGUUUCAAGAUGGCAGCAGUGAUGCUGUUUCCUUGUGCUCUGUUCCUGGCACAUUGCUGGACAGUAUUGAGUACAAAGAGCCCUCUCUUGUUGGGGGAAAGUCGAAGGUUCAAAGAAAAUUGCACUGCAAGCAAUGUGACGAGGACAUUGGAGCUCGGACGAAAUUGGGACUGUGCAGUGGGCGUGAUUGUUUCAGCUACAAAAAGACUGUGUUUGUGGAGUCACAGGGAAAGAAAUUCCCAGGAGCAAAAUGGAAGUCAGUCCUGCAGGAGCUUUGUCAAGCAGGUGUUGCUGAAUUGGUCAGCAUUGCUGAGGGACGACCAUCAGCCACGGAUCCAAAGGUGUCAAUAGUUUUGGCUGAUCCAGAGUCAUUGACAGACGACACUCUACAGCAACUGGCAAAAUUUGAGCUCAGGGACUACCAGCUGGAGAUGACGCGGGUUGCCCUUAAAGCGAACUCUCUGAUCUGUCUUCCAACUGGGUCUGGGAAAACCUUGAUUGCAGCCGCAGUCAUGCAUGCAAUGCUGCGCCUGAAUCCACAGAAGAUGGCUGUGUUUGUUGUGAACAAUGUGGCCCUUGUUGAGCAGCAGGCAAGGCAGUUGCGACAACAGAUACCACAUGCGACAGUGAUCGCUGUACAUGGGCAGCUGGAGGAUGAGAUGGAAGUCAGAAGAGCUUACAAGAUUGCCCGUGAUCGUGGAGCCGAUGCAUUGGUGGUCACUUGCGGACUGUUGAACGGCUGGCUUCUUAGUGAAGAUGGCAUGCGGAUGUGUGAUGUUUGCUGCUUGGUCCUUGAUGAGGCACAUCAUGCAACAGGAAAUAGCGAUUAUGUGAACCUGAUGAAACGGUUUUGGAUGCCACUUCUGGAAAUCUACCGUCCAUUGGUAAUGGGGCUGACAGCCUCACCGGUGGAUGGUACAGGGGACAUUACAGACCAGAAAUUCUCUACCCAGUUGGACAACCUGAAAACUGCGUUGCAGUGCCGACUGUGCACCCCACAGAAUUGUUCAGUCUACGAUCACAUAGCACUGCCAACGGCAUAUGCAGUCUGUGCAGAAUCCCCUUCACAUAAAGACGAGCAUCUCAGGGAGCAAAUUGAGAGUUAUCUGAAGAAAUUGAUGCUAUUGGCUGGGAACCUGCAUGUGACAGGGUUGUUUGAUGCAUGUGACUCUGCAACUAGCAACAAAAUGAGGUCAUUGUUGAGGAAGGAGCUAAAGAAAUCGAGAUCAAAGAUUAAGGAAUUGGGCCCGGUUGCUAAUGAACAAGCAGCCCAGCAAAGAGACAAAUGUAUGAAACUCCAGUUGAUCCUGGAGCACUUGCAAGACGUGCUGGAGGUUUUUGACGUUAAUGAGGUUGUGGGCUGGACAAACGCAACACAGGUUUUGAUAAACCUGUUUGAGAAGAUCAAAGAGGGCCAACAUGGGACAGCUAGCAAGGAGCAGAAGGCAAAACAUGAUUUAUUAUGCCCGGUUUUCAAAACCUGGCAUGCUGACCUGGCUCGUGAUAGGCCCCCGCAGGAAAUCAGAGAGGCUGUUGUAUCGAGCAGGUGUCAGGAAUUGGUCAAAAUCCUCAAGGAAUUCAUAGAGACAGAGGAGGCUGGUCAGGCGAUUGUGUUUGUUGGAAUGCGAAAGACAGCCAAGAAAUUGACCACAUUUCUGGCAACGAAAUGUCCGGACAUUGGGCUGAAGCUGCACCCUGAGGCAGUUGUUGGGCAUGGGCAAGCCGGAGCUGAUGGAAUGGAGUUUGAGGGACAGCAGGAUCAGGUUCUCAACAACUUUCGAAGAGGAUUUACCAGAUUGCUUGUCGCCACAUGUGUGCUUGAGGAAGGCAUUGACAUUCCGAAGUGCAGCCUGGUGGUACGCUUUGAUGAAGAUACUCCCAUUCGUGCGUUGAUCCAGAGUAGGGGGCGUGCUCGGGCUAAGGAUGGAAGGCUAAUAGUUAUUUGCACAUCAAGCAAGAGAGUCGAGUUGUUGUGCAAUACAGUUAAUCAGGAGCAUUUGAUUUUGGAGGCUUUGAGGAAGGAAAUGAAAAGGACAGACAUCCAUGGUGGGUGUGGUGAGCUCCCAGAAGCAUGUGCAAAGCAGGAGUUGGAGGUGAAUCCAGACACAGCCCCCCGUUGGAGACCACCUCCAUCAGCUUCAGGGCAAGAGGUGAGCAAAUACCCAGAAUGGGGUGCAGAUUUUGGCCAAGAUGAUCUUAUUUGUGACCUGACAUUUGGGCAUGGAGAAGAUGGUGAUACCACAAGUGAUGAUGGAUGUGAGUCUGGCACCGAUGGAGCUGACUUUGUGCAGUUGGCAUUUACUGGGAUCUUCACAAGACAAAUGUAUCCACCUGAGGAUACAAUGAAAUCGAGACUGCAUGGCAUCUGUGAUGUGCUGCAUUGGAAUAAGAUAGUGCUGCCCGUCAGGGACAUCCUUGGUGUCAUUGAGCACCAUGACUUCUGGGUGAGGCCACCUGGCUGUGCAGAGUAUGCAGACGACCAGAGGAAAUUCGAAAGGGAAUUUUGGCAGCAUUAUUUCAGUGAGGGGCAUGACGAUGUGUGGCUUCAGAUCCACAAGAAGCCAAACCUUGCAGGCCGUGCAGUGCGGCUGCAGGUGGCCAAGUUCACACUGGGUUCAUGGUACAACCAUCAUGAGUUUAUUGCUGGGGCUGAGCUGGGCAGUGUGUUGCGUCUGUCUCUCGACCAUUCGGAGCGAGAGAUCGUCAUUGAGGUGGACGAGGUGUUUAGUGUGGAGUUCAACUUUUGGGAGGUCCAGGACUUCAUUGUGGUCCAUGCGUCUCCGGACCUGACAGAUGUGGCAUUGCACCUAACGCUGCGCCACCCACCUCGCCUGUACAAGGUACUGAAGGCUGAGGGGACCAAUGUGGAGACCAGGAAUCGCCUCACAGAAAUCAAAGAGGCCAGUGGCAAGAUUGUGGACUCGGACUGCUUCGCCCAGUGUCUGACAUACAGGCUGCAGCUGGCCAACCCUGAGAACAAGGAAGCACCCUUCACACCGAACAUAACCAAGUGCCUCAAGCUGUUCCAUGGGGUGGGGAAGCGCAUCUUCUUUGCAAUAGUCAGGAAAGUGCCCAGUGCGGAUGGGGGCCAAUCGUGGAAUGCUGGCAUCUCACCGAAGUGCAAGCACCACAGUGAUCCUGAGGUCAAUUAUGCAUGGUGCUGCAUUCGCAGCUCCUCAGGUUUUGUUGCAGAACGGUUUGAUGACGUCUUCUUUGAGGAACUGAGCCAUGUUCCUGGUGUCGUUGCAUGUGAAUGCCUGUACAUAAUGGUACAUGACCUUGGGCGAUCCCUGUUUGGUACCCCUGCAAGUCUGUUCAAACGUGCAAGAUGGACGUAUUUCAACAGAUCCACUGUGGAUGGCAUUUCUGGUGAAGGCCAUGCCAAGGUUAGGCGCAUGGUCUUGACACCCACAAGAAUGGUGUUUUUUGAGCCAGACACAAUGCAGGUAGGAGAAUGGUUUAAAUGCAAGACAGUGUUGAAUGCCAUGGAAUAUGUUUAUUGA